ACGAAAUCGAAGAGUUUUUCCAUUAUUAUUCAGCGUUUAUUUCAUUGUUGACAGGUACUAAGCUUUCACCAUGCCUGAUGAAACCAAGGUACAACUGGCCCAGCCUGUCCGAAAGAGACUCUUCAUCGGAGGUCUGCAUCAGGAUGUCACCGCAGAUGACCUGCAGCAGCGCUUUGGCAGGUUCGGAUCGGUUACAUCCGUCGAUGUAAGGACAAAGAGAGAUAGCCAAGGACAAAUAGUGAACGUCUUUGCCCACAUGGAUAUCAACAUCUCGGAGACCAACUUCAAAAAGUGCUCAUCUAUCUACAAUGAUACCAAAUGGAAAGGACAUACGAUGAAAGUACAAGUGGCAAAGGAGGACUUCCUCACCAAACUUGCAAACGAGAGGAAAGAAGCCAAAGAGAAUCCAGAGCCCAUCCGCACCAAGACAAGAAAACAGACUGAGCAGGAUGCAGCCAAAGAAAGACUUGAGGAGAAUAUGACGAAGGCAGGGGUGGAAGAUUUCCUCAUGAAGAAAGCUGUCCCCGGAACACCAAUACCGGGAGAAACGAACUGGAUUGUCGGCAAAUUUGGUCGCGUCCUUCCCAUCAUGCACAUGCAGCGCAAGGACAAGCGAUCCCAAAUGACCCACGACCCCUCCAAGUAUGUCCACUAUGUCCGAAAAUUCAAAGACGAUGCCAAGACGGACCAACUCAUAACUGACAGGCCCGUGGAAGAUUUAACGUGGCAACUGCCGGAGGAAGUAUCGGAUAUUGAUAGAAAGAGAAUGGGGGUUUUUCCCGAGUACGCCCACAAGAAGAAAAUAAAACGAGAGAAUCAAGGAAUCUUGUUUAAAAACGAAUCGUCUCAGAAGAAGCAAGUUCUUUUGUGGAGCCAAGAUGGAAAUCAGUCAAGUAGAGAGAAAUCCAAAUCUUCUGAUGGAGACUUUGAAAUUGUCCGGCGGAAUGGAAAUAUUGACGGCAGAAGAACGGAUUUAGUCCAGCUCAAACCAUACCGUGCACAAAUUGAAGCGAACGUUAAAUCAAACCAAAGCACUCAAGUUGAAAGCAAUCAACAGGGACAUCGUGAUGUACAAGAUUUACUGGAGCAGUACAACCUGGACUCGGAUGAAGAUUCGUGCGGAUCGGCUGACACAGACGAAAUUUGCAAUUUUGCCAAAAAAUCCUCAGAACCAGAGAUCAAAGAGCGAGAGAUUCUAACAAACUGGGCAGAGGAUUACUACAGUAAGGAGAAAACGGCUGCAAUGUCUGGUGAUACGAGUGAGUUUGAUGGAUUUAGAAAAGAGGAAAGUGUCACUGGACGGAGAACACAAUCACUUAACUCCUCCGGAGUUGCUGAGAAAAAUGGACGGAUAGAGAGCAAACCAGAUGAUAAAACAAAUAGUGUUCUUCCCAGCAACGACCGAGAGGCCAAUGUUCCGGCAAGGGGAAGAAUCCCAGUCCAGAUAGCUGAUGAUUCAGAUGAUACUGAUAGUGAUGGUAGUGAAAGGGAAUUCGAAGAGGGUGUAAGGGUUGAAGAAAACGAUGAAGACAUUGAUGAGAACGGUGACGAAACUGACGACGAAGAAUAUGAAAGUAACAAUGAUGCAGAUGUUAAUGAAGAACACAGUGAUGGUGAUGAUGAAGAUGACGAAGAAGAUGAUGAUGACGACGAAGAAGAUGAUGAUGAUGAAAAUUCUGAAGAAGAUGAAAUAGAGAACAGCGAAGCAGAGGACAAUUUGAAAGAAACGACAACACACAGUCAUGUUCAGUAUAAUGCCAAAGACACUAGGAACCUCGAAGACAAAUUCGUGUCACACCAGGAAAAAGAGCAUACAGUGAAUUCCAGAACUGAAACAACAGUUGAAGAGAAUGUCAAAAAAGAAAAUAACAGUGACAGCUAUUCUAGUAGCGAAGAUGAAGGUGAUGCUAGCGAUAACGACGAACAGUCUUCAAGUAGCAGCAGUGCUAGCGAUUCUGAUUCCAGCAACAGUUCGGAUGCCAGUGAUGGAAAAGGGACACCUAGAAGAACACUGUCGGUCGACAACGUUGACUCUGAGGCCAGAAAGACUGCGCUUGCUUCUCCUGGAGAUCAGACUAAACACCGACAGUCCAACCAGAUAAGGUUGGAGUCAGUGAAGAAGAGGCAAGCUAGCAUCCUGACUCAGAAAGCUGCCAUCCAAGAAGCCCUGAAAUCUCUGGACUCUAAAAAGGGGACUCUUUCUGCAAGGACACACGUGAGGUUUGACUCCGAUGAUGAAAGCUCUGAAGCUGAUGGUACUCCAAAAAACAAAACUGCCACAUCUAAGAUGAAUGUUUUGAAAAGACCAGGCUUGUUUGACAGUGAUGAGGAGGAGACGAUGGACCUGGGGGCUGAAGCAAAUGAUGAGGACAGAUUUAAGAUCAAACCACACUUCCAAGGAAAGGCGGGAGAAAAGUUGCUGAAACUUCAGGAUAGGAUUGGGACAGACAGUCGCUUCAAGCUAGGAGAAACGUUCAUGGAAGAUGAUAGUGAGGAUGAUGAUGUUGGUGACGAAGAUCAUGAUUUGAAAGCGGAGAAGCAGAAAUCACUGUCUGUCUUGGAGAGCAUAGUCGGAAGGUACGCUGUGCACAGCCUGGAGAACAAGACUACCACAAACUUCAGGGACCCUAGUCGAGUGCGUUACGACCCAACAAGCAAAGACCACACGCAGUUUGAGAUUGCAGAUGCUUCUGUAUCCACUGGAACAUCAACAAAGAAGAAAGACAAAUCAAGAGUCGAUGCAUCAAUUCCCGAGGUGUCCAAAGAUAUCUUUUAUGACGUCAAGGACCUGGAGUUCAGCCAGGACAAAGAUGAAAACAAACCGUUCAGGUUCUUUGCGGAGGAGGAAUUGGAAUCAGAGGAUGAAGAUGUUGAAGGUUUGAGCACCCUUCAGAAGGACAUACAGGCUUCAACAGCCCUGGGUAAGAGGCAGCUUACGCUGGAUAGUAGCGACAGCGAGAGCGAGACGGAAGAAGCAAAGCAUGAUGGGAAGGAUGACAUGGAUGUCACGGACACCUCUGAUACGACGGGGAACAACCAGCCAACGUCAGCCUACCGAGCGUUCUUCUUUCAACCUGACGACAUUAGGUUAAAAACUGGAGCAGAGCAGUUCUGUCGCAAGCUGAGUCUGGAAGGAAUGAAUCAGUGGUUUGAAGAACAGAAAGCUGGACUACAAGGGGAGUACAAGAAGAGGCACCAGAGAGCUCUCCGAGACUCCAAGAAGGCUGCCCAACUUAGCUCCGGCAGGAAACCAAGGAGGUGACCAAGACAUGUAAGUGUCUUCUCUCCUUCCGUUGUUACAUUCCAAUCAUGGAUGUUUCAAGUAAUGCAUGCUACAUCUACUCAUUAUUCACAACCUGAGAUGAACAGAAAUGUGCGAAGGGACUAUUUGCAGCUUUCACCGAAGUGGCUGAUGCGCCCAAAGUGUUUUUAUUUGGUUGUUUAAUGCCCAUGGAGCAGCAUAAUGGACAGUUUUUAUUAUGACUGUUAAGGGUAAUGGCGGUUGCAUUGUACUGAUGAUGGAAAUGAUUGAGUUGAGAAUUAUAAAAUGCCAAACAUAGUCGAGUAACUCAUACAAUAUGGUGUUGGUCAUUGAACUCUUCUGGAUCAGCAUGCACCAAGUGGAUGGUCUAGAAACGAAUUCUUGAAGAGCCAGUCGUCUUGGACACGUGUGCUUUUGAACUAAUACCAUGUUGUGACAAGAGGAAGGAACACGUCACGGAUUCUGGAUUUUUUGCUGUAAGGUGCCGUCACUGCCACUCAAUAUGGAACUGAAUGGACGAGCAGUUAGACAAUUGCAACAGCUCAGCUGCAUUUCUGAUUAGAAAGCACAUUCUUCAACAGGAGAACUUGCAUACCAUCGACUUUGUGAAGUAGAUAGCAGUUGAUGGCAUUGUGGAGUGCCGUGGUUACGGUGUUCGGCCUGUGCGCUAUGGCACAUGGGUUCCAUCCCUUGACGGGGAAACUUGUGCUUGUGUCCUAGGGCAAGACACUUUACUACAAUUGCCUCUCUCUACCAAGGCCUAUAACUGGAUACCUGUGAGGGUAGAGACAAGAUUGUGCUGAUCUCGGCUGCACAAAACUGCUCUCGUGACCUGAUGAACAGGGGUAAUAACUGUGAAGCGCUUUGAGACCUAGCUUUCUUGAAAGUGUUUUAUAAGCGACACAUAUUAUUAUUAUUGUGCGACCAUCUAAUGAUUGCUUUAAUAGGGACAUGGCUCUCUCGUGCACUGAUUCUGGUACAUAUGGUUCUUGUACUCGCCAACAAUUUUCAUUAGAAUGUAUACAAACAGGUAGUGUCUUCGCACAAAAAUGCACAUCUGCACUGGUGCAUGACAGCAUCGACACUCGUGUGUCCUUCAUUUCUUACUUGCUUGCACCAUUGAGGGGGUACUUUUGCAGAGAGUCAAUUCACAAUAUGUGAGGACAAAUUGUAUCAAUUGUCAAUAUGAUGGUGAUGAAGUGAUCUCCUAGUUCUCC